UAACAUUACAAAACCUAUUACAAUUCAAAAGUUGUUCCAAAUGAUGGCAAAUUUUGUGCUAUUCACCUUACUAGCCUUAGUAUCAGUAGCAUGUUCCAAAUAUAUUGAUCCAAGAAUCAUUGGAGGCGAAGAUGCUCCUGAAGGCUCGGCUCCGUAUCAAGUUUCACUGAGAAAUCGGGACCUAGAGCAUUUCUGUGGUGGCUCCAUCUUAAACAAACGUUGGAUUGUGACGGCUGCACAUUGCCUAAAACCUGGCAUUUUAAAAUCCGUCUAUAUGGGAUCAAACUCAUUAGAUGGCAAUGGUACAUACUACGACGUCGAACGUUUUGUGAUGCAUCAUAAAUAUAUACCAAAAAUUACUGUCAACUAUGCUGAUAUUGGUCUAAUAAAAGUGACAAAAGACAUUAUAUUCAGUGACAAAGUUCAACCAAUCAAAAUAAGCAAAAAAAAUAUCAAGGGUGGUGAAAUCUGCAAGGCCACUGGUUGGGGUCGAUUGGCGGAUGGGGCCCCAGUACCAAACGAAUUGCAACAAGUGGAAACCACUGCAAUAACAAAUGAAAAGUGCUACGAAUUGUCUCAAUUCGUUGAGCCAACUUCGCAAAUAUGUACAUUAAGGGAAUUUUUAAGAGGCAUUUGCUUUGGUGAUUCUGGUGGACCACUGGUUUACAAAGGUGAACUGGUUGGCGUUUCUUCGUUUGUCUUGUACACUUGCGGAGCUGGACGCCCAGAUGUUUUUGUUAAAGUGCGUGAUUUCCAAUCUUGGAUCAAUUCUGAAAUUAGAAAAAAAUAAAUAGAUUUCAAUCAUGAUUUGUUGUAAUAAAAAAUGGUUAAAUAAAGGCAGCAUAAUUUAAAA